AUGAAGUUCCUUCUCAUUCUCGCUCUUACCUCUUCAAUCUGCUCCGUGUACUGCGGUGAUUAUGCGGCGGCAGCGGGCGGAGGAGGAGGCGGAGGAGCUGGUGGUUAUUCUGGAGGCGGUGGUAAUGCGGCGCCAGCUUCUGAAGCAGCUCCUGCACCGGAGCCAGCUCCGGAUGCAGCGUCAACAGCCGAUGCCGGAGGAUCUGUCGCCACUGCUCCAGCUGAAGGAGGUGCUACCGGAGGUGCUACCGGAGGCGCUACCGGAGGCGCUACCGGAGGCGCUACCGGAGGCGCUACCGGAGGCGCUGUCGGAGGAUAUUCAGGCGGAGCUGUUGCUGCUCCAGCUGAGGCAGCUCCUGCCCCAGAUGCUGGCGCUGCUCCAGCUGCAGGAGGAGGUUACCCAGCCAAGUCGAUGAUGGCUCGUUUCCUGCGCGUUGUCUCAUAA